AUGGGACAAUCACACCAGCUGCCCCUAGUGGGGCUCCUACCAUUUGCCCUUAUUCCAAGCCAACUAUGCACCAUCUGUGAGGUAAGCAAAGAAAAUCACUCCCGUCUGAACCCUCUGAUAAACACAAUGAUCAAUUCAAAAUAUACCAGAGGAAUCCAAGCCGCCAAUGUCCUGUUGUCCCUCAGACUUGUUGGGAUCCAGGACCAAAGCUUAGAACAACAGCUGAUCCAACAAGUCAAAGACAAUGAGGGACAGAAAGGGUCAAAUUUAACCUCAGGACAGCUUGCCUUGGUUAUACUGGCUUUGGGGACAUGUCAAAACUCCAAUGAAACAUUCACGUAUUCUCACUUAGUCAGCCAACUAGAAAAGAAAUUCCAAGCAGAAAUCGAAAACAUGGGAGUACAUGACGGCAAUCCACUGACUAAUUACUACCAGCUCAGCCUGGACGUUUUGGCUUUGUGUCUGUUCAAUGGGAGCUACUUGAUCACCGAAGUUACUAAACGCUUCACUCCUGAAGAUAAAAACUUCUCUUUUGGUGGUCAGUUCUCAGUAGAUACUGGUGCAAUGGCUGUCUUGGCUUUGACUUGUGUGAAGAGAAGAAUAAUAAACGAGAAGAUUGAAGCAGACGAAGAGGAUUUAAAUCGUAUCAAUAAUCAUACAGAGCUACUGGUGAAAAAGAUUCUGUCUGAGAAAAAAGAAAACGGUCUCAUCGGAAACACUUUUAGUACCGGAGAAGCUAUGCAGGCUCUGUUUGUCUCAUCAAAAUAUUACAACGAAGGUGAAUGGAAUUGCCAACAAACUCUGGACAUGGUGCUCCAGGAAAUUUCUCGGGGAGCAUUCCGUACACCAACUGCUGCAGCCCAGAUCUUACCUGCCCUGAUGGGAAAGACCUACCUGGACAUCAACAAAAAUUCUUUUUGUGUCAAUGGUUCAGGUAACUUCAGCAUCUCCAUUCAUGAGCCUGUAUCUGUGGCACCUACUAGCUCAUCCUCAUAUAUUUCAGUCCAUUAUUCUGUGAAAAUCAAUGAAACAUAUCCCACCAAAGUCACUGUGCUGAAUGGCUCUGUUUUCCUCGAUGUCAUGGAGGAAGCUCGGAAAAUAAAUGAGGCUGCAUUUCGUUUCACAGUGGUGGAGAGCUCUUGGGGCCCCUACGUCACCUCUGUUCAGGACUUGAAGGCCAACAGUAAUGACAGAACCUACUGGGAACUCCUGAGUGAAGGAAAACCACUGAGCCAAGGAGUUGGUAGUUACGUUGUCCAUGAUGGGGAAAAUUUGGAGGUUCGCUGGAGCAAGUACUAA